ACCAUAACGAUUGCGGCGUGAUGAGACUUUAAUCUUCCGCGGCCCGGAAAAUGAAGUGCGCCCAUGCGACCUGAGAGUGGCCCACGCGGGGGAAAUCCAGAUUUGCGAUUCCCAUUCAAAGUGCGGGCGAUCAUUCAGAUCAGUCACGGAACCCGCGCCCUAGUUGUGUUGCGGUUGUCGUCGGCCUCCCAACAGCGCGGCGGCGGCGAUUUCAGCGGAGAGAGAUGAACGUGUGUCGUGGGGACCACCAAACAGGGCGACAUGGGUAUGGAUUAAAAGGGAAAGACGGGACAGAGAGAGCCGCCAAACUGGAGCAGCACGCCAGAGCACGCCGGGGGGGAAGGGGGCGACGGGACUCGGUGAAUUCGCGGAGCCCCCGGGAUCGAGGCUGCGAGUGGUCGCACCCCAAGAUGGCGUCCCCCAAAAGCCGAGCCAAGAAGAAGCCGCCCAAAGACAGCGUCACGCUGCUGCCGUGCUUUUACUUUGUGGAGCUCCCCAUCGUGCUGUCGUCCUUGGUGUCGCUGUACUUCCUGGAGCUGACGGACGUCUUGUCCCCGGCCUCGGUGGGCUUCCGCUGCCGCGACCGCCGCCUCUCCAUGCCCUACGUGGAGACGGGCGACGAGCUCAUCCCGCUGCUCAUGCUGCUCAGCUUGGCCUUCGCCGGACCCGCCGCCUCGAUCAUGAUGGGGGAGGGCCUCAUGUACUGCAUGCAGUCCAAACUCAAGACCUGCCCCAAGACGGAGGGCAGCAUCAACGCCGGAGGAUGCAGCUUCAACUCUUUCCUGCGCAGGACUGUGCGCUUCGUGGGCGUUCACGUCUUCGGUCUCUUGGCAACGGCGCUGGUGACGGACGUCAUCCAGCUGGCGACGGGCUACCACGCCCCUUUCUUCCUGACCGUCUGCCAGCCCAAUUACACGGCGCCGGGCGUGGCCUGCGACGGCAACGCCUACGUCACGCAGGACAUCUGCAUGGGCAAAGACCAGUACGCCAUCAUGUCCGCCAGGAAAACGUUCCCAUCCCAGCACGCAACACUCUCCGGCUUUGCCGCCGUCUACAUUUCCAUGUACUUCAACGCCAGCAUCGGCGCCGCCACCAAGUUGCUGAAGCCGCUGCUGGUGUUCGCCUUCUGCAUGGCGGCGGGCCUGGCCGGCCUGACGCAGAUCACCCAGCACCGGAGCCACCCCGUCGACGUCUACGCGGGCUACCUGAUCGGCGCCGGCAUCGGCGUCUACUUGGCCGUGUACGCAGUGGCAAACUUCAGAGCGUCCGAAGAAGACGCGUCGCCUCGCCCCAAAAUGUCGGGGUUGCAGCACAAGGACACGCUGAGGGUGCUGAGUCAGCGCAGUCACGACUCCCUCUACAGGAAGACGCCGCGGGUGUCGGAGAGCCGCGAGGAGCUGGCCGUGGCCAUGAGUUCUGGGGCGCGCAGCAAGGUGAGGCGGGAGAAAGCCUGCCUGGCGUCACUCAAGCGAGCAAGUGCCGACGUGGAGCUCCUGGCCACCCGCGGGCCCAUGGGCAAGGAGACUAUGGUGACGUUCAGCAACACGCUGCCCCGGGUGGCCAACGGCAACAGCCCCAUCUCGCCCUCCGAUGAGCCGCCCGCCUCCCAGCGCCACAUGACGUUCCACAUGGCUCUGGACCCGCAAAGAUCCCGGCACCUGGUGUCAGAGUGGAAGCAGCGCUCUCUGGAGCUGAGGAGUCAAAGCUCCCGGGACGAGAACCAGAACGAGGGCGAGGGAGGGGCGGACGGGGCGGGCGACCAGGGGGUACCGUCGUCCCUCUACCCCAAAGUCCAAGCCAACAAGGGUAUGGCCACGCCCACCACGUCCCGGAUGGUGGUGUCUCCGCCGCUGGUCCACAUCCCCGAGGAGGCGACGCGACCGCCGCCGGUCUCCCCCAAGAGCGCCAAGACCCGUGCCAAGUGGCUGUCGCUCACCGAGGGGGGCGGCGCCAAAGAGCCCGGUGUGGGGCCCAUCGCUGUGUCCACCCCGAGGGUGCCAAACCGCCAGCCGGCCCAGGCGCCUGCUCAGCCGAGAGUCACUCAGGUGAUGGCGAUGUCCAAGCAUCAGAGCCACGGUGGGGGCCCCAUGGAGGGUGGCGGCUCCUCCUCGGGCGGCGGCUCCAACUGUUCCGAGUCCCCCUACUACCGGAUCCCUUCCGACCGGGACAGCUGCGCCGGCAGUAACCCGGGCAGCGUCGCCGGCAGUGGCAGUAUCGUCACCAUCGACGCCCACGCCCCCCACCACCCGGUGGUCCGGGUGACGGCCUCCAAUGGGAAGCCGUGGGAGUGGAGGAACACCAUCAGCGGUAAUCCGAUGGCCAGCGAAACGGCGGACCGCGGCGUCCUGCGGGGGCAGGACAACGCCCCGCUUUAUCGCGACUACCGGACGCUCCCGGUUAAAAAGGAGUCUCUGGGUGGUGAAACGCCGGAGCUCCCGCCCCCACCGCAUCCCACCUCGUCCUCUCCCCUUCCUCCCCCGCCCCAGCUGUCGUCACCCCAUCUCCCUCCGCCGCCCCCUCACUCGUCCCUCCUGUCUCAGGCCUCUCCGCGACCCUCCUCAUCCCCCUUGCCCCCUCCUCCACUCCCCGCCUCCUCCACGCCGCCGCCGCCGCCGCCUCCUCCUCAUCCCUCGUGUUCGGCCGUGCUCCCCCCUCCGCCUCACCCCGACCUGCUGAUGGAUGACCAGAUGCUGUCCCACUCGUCCACGCUCCCCCGCCGGCCCUCCGUGUCGGCCCGGAGCCACGCUGAGCAGGAGCAGUACUACAAGGCGCUGCAGAACGAGCGGAUGCUAUAGUGCAGCGGUCCCCGACUUUUUAUCGCGCCGAGGACUAGUUUUAUGUC